AUGCAUCUUAAUCAUCUACCCCCUUCAUUGGCCACCCUCCUUUUUCUCGUCGUUCAACAGUGUGCUGGCUUCACCAUUGACGUUAAACCCGAAGCUGCAGAUGGAAACUGUCGCGUAUCUCAAAACCUCUUCGCCAAUAUCGACCCAGCUCGUGGCGAUCCUCAAGUCGUAGACAUCUUCUUGUUCGAUGGCAGCGUAAACAAGGAAGUGCCGUUGUCGAUCGGAGCUCGCCUGGAUCCCAAAGGGAGCAGUUUCACGUUUACAGUGCCUCAGGUUCCUCCAGGGUAUCCGUUUGCAGUUCGAUUGAAACGACCAAACUCGGAACAGCUCCUUCAAGACUCAUCCCCAUUCCCGAUCUUUCCAACACUCGAAUCGUUGACGUCUCGAUUAUCCGCCACAGUGGCUAGUACGACUUUCAUCAUAUCUUCCACUACUGGGAGCUCCUUUGCGACGGAAGCCACAACUUCGAUUCCAAUCGAUCAAAGUGCUACUUCCCCCACCGCACCUCCACCGCGCCCCAUCACUGCCAUCCUUGGCCCUGUAUUUGGCGUUUUAUCCUUCUUCGCCCUGUGUGUUGCAGGUUGCUUGUGGCUGUGGAGGAGGUGUCGGAUUAAACGGCGGAAGGCGAGGCAGCAACAAGUGCUGUCGAACAUGGAAAGAGCAACGGUGACCCGGUCGGUCGCAAAGCAGCCCUAUGUCACGCUUCCCUCUGCGUCGUCGUCAGAGCUACCGAUUCCGAAGGACUUGGAGGCGGGUUCGAAGGAGUAUGCUAUAUCCUCGGACUUGAAAGGUUCUUCAAGUUCGAAGUCACGACGGUUUUCCCACAACUCUCUCUUUCCCGAAUCAUCUCCAUCGUCGCCCGCGGCAUCCUCGCAACCAGAGAUGCUGAAGAAAGAGCGGGCGCGUGUGUACGAAGAAAUUGCGGCGCUGGAGAGACGAAGCGAGCUUCUGCAGAGCUCUUCGAACCCCUUCGCCGAUCCUGGUUCAGACAUCACAACACGCGACAUCCUUCAACAACUAACAGCCCUGAAAACACGAAUCCAGGAGCUUGAAGACCUCCACGCACGCGAACAGUCUCGUCUUCGUCCCGCCUCAGGAUCAUCAUCAGCAGACCCACCUCCCGAAUACGUUCCUUCGCGCUCCAUAGACCACGUUCCUGCGCAUGACGGUAAUAGCAAGACUCAAUGUUUCUGCGCUUCAUGCACAUAG